UUAUGCCCUUUAACGCUUUCGAUACUAUUAAAAAAAUAUUAUGGUGUAUUUUUAUGACUUAUUUAUUACAGUAUAGCCUCAACUUGUUUCCGGCCACUUCCGCGUUAGCCCCUGUUCCGAUGCUGAUAGUUCGCCUUUGGGAACGGCAUGGCGUCAGAAUGUACAGAGGCUCUCUCAAGCGCAAAGAAUGUUGCUGUCCCAAUAGACACAAGCGAAUCAGAAAGUCCAGCAAACCCAGAUGACAAGAGAGAUGAGAAAGGAGUCGACGUGUGCCCGUACUUCCUGGAGGGAAAGUGUCGCUUUGGUGUCAGAUGUCGUAUGUCUCACAGGUCAAGCCAGCUGAUCUGUGAAGUAACCAGCAGCUCCGUUGACUCAGCAGUUGCUAUUGCUGACGCGAUUCUUCCUGGCCAGGAGAACAAACUUGAUGAAGAGAAACAAAAGAAGAAGAAACCCAAUAGGAACAAAACAGCAAAAUCAAAAGAAAAUGAGGGAAAAGACGUCAACAAAAAGCCUCGCAUGCGGACGGCCGACGACGUCAUCUCUCGCAUCCUCUGGGACUCCUCGGUAGACGCGUCCCAAUUCGUAGUGGGCUACGUGGACCGCUUCCUGGGGGUGGUGGAGCGCCCUUUCUGUGACUUCAACUGGGACACCAGCCCUUGUGACUGCGACUACGCCACCGAGCUUGCUCUCCCCAGACACAGGAUCCAGUACUUCACCUAUAGAGGGCACCGCGUCUGGGACCGCCACAGCAGGACCGACAGGGUGUUUGGCUCCACCGGUCAAUCUCUGGCUCCCCCCUUUGGAGGGCAGGAGGAAGUAGAAGGAGAAGAAACACAGUCUGACGACCAAGAGCAACAAGCGGGAGUAACUUUGGAUGAUGGUGAAACAACAAGAGAGCAGCCACCUGCCGCUGUCGGUCAGAGAAUGGAGCGUGCUCACGCUGAGAACACACAUCUGGAGGACGACAAGCACAAUGAGAUGAACGCUCAGAGCGCUGAGUCAGCACCAGCCGGUCAGGCGUCAGCCAGCCUUGCGGAGGAGGCCCCAAACAGCGCGAAGGCCUCGGCUGACAAAAAUGGACAGAGCUUAAUAGACGGAGACAUAAAUGAAUGGGAAGAAAGUUUUGAAGGCCAGAACAAUUUGAAUCUCCCUACGCCUCUCGAGCAGAGGGAAGAGAACCGCGGUCGCCGUCCCCCCAAAAAACAACCCACCCACUUCAUCACGUUCAGGGCCAACACUCCCGCCAUCCUCGCUUCUUUCCAGCUACUUCGGGAAGAGAUCGUCACACUCUUGCCGUCGUCCGCCCCUCACUGGCAAACCUCGUCCAUGCUGCACGUCACCCUGUGUCUGCUGGUGCUGCAGAGCCCGGCCCAAGUGGAGGCCGCCGUUGAGAUCCUCCGCCGCUUUGCCCACUUGGAUCGCAACCCCCCGGUGGCGGUGAGCUUUCCCGUCAAGUUGAAGCAUUUCAACGGCAGGGUGCUGUACCUGAGCCCGCAGCCUCAGAUUCAGCUCCAGCAGCUCAACGGCGGCCUGCAGGAAGCCUACAGGAACGAGGGCCUGCUCCACAGGAACUCCUACAACCCGCGCUACCAUCUCACCCUGGCCAAGGCGAGGGACACGGAGGGCGAGCGCAUCUUUGACGGCGCGGGCGACCUGAAGGUGGGCAAAGGUUUACAUUUUGGCCGUUUGCCUAUCAACUCCUUGCACCUUUGCGUCAUCGGCGGGUCAGAUGCCGGCGGUUUUUAUGAGACCGUAUGCACUGUGACUCUUCGAUAAUCGAUAGUUCAUUUGGGAUUACUUCAACCUUGCACUCUGGACUCUUCAUUAGGGACAUCCAAACAACGCAAUGAGAUUCCAUACUGAAAGUGUAUCAUUAAGUCUUCAUUUAGAAGGAUAGUCACGCACAGUUUUGGUGAGUUAAUUAUUCAACGAAAGAGCUUCACGGCAUCAUUCUGAUAUGGGGCGGCAAAAUAUUAGAAACGGCUCAGUGCACUACUGCACUCAUAACAAUAACCAUAUUGUGAAAUGAAUACCUCUCAUAAGUGUGUAUUAUUAUCAUCGUCAAGGCAGACUCAUAUUAGCAGCCAUUUUAUUGGCUCUCAUGAGCUCACUCAUGAGUCUUUCAAUGUGCGCCUUAGAAUGUUUUCAACUUUUAUAUCGCCGGGUACCAGAAUUUAGUGAUCAUGAUUGAGCUGGUUUUUGGGUGUUAGAUUUGAACAAGUUUUAAUUUUUAAAACGUGUUUUUAAAAAAAAAAAAAAAAAAAAAGAUUUAAUUAAGGGAAUAAAAUGUGCUUGGCUGCAGGACAGCUGCAUAUAAACUACAGUUUGUUCAACAGCACUUGAGCUUGGGUGAGCAAGAUGAGGGAAUACUUUUAUUGGGUGUCAAAUUAAUAUUUUAAGUUGAUACAUAAAAACUAGGAAAAAAAUUAUUUCCAAAAUAUCGAUUAAAAAAAAAAAAAAAAAAAAAAAAACUGCAAGUGACUAAGGGAGAUCACGCUAGGCAUAGUGAGUUUUCAUUUAAUAUCCAUUUUUCCCCCUUCUAAUAGUGCCUCUCACGAAUAUUUCACUGCUUACUGUACAAUCAACGCACUUUAUUGACACAAAAUAUACACCUGCCAUAAAUGUUUAUGUGCGUCUCAUAAAUUCUUUACGAGGCAAAGAGAUUGCCUUUACUUGACUGUACCUCAACGACUUUGCCAAAUUGCAUGUAUUCAUGAUUCCAGCAUUUAUUUAUACAAUCUGUUUUCAAAUGAAUAUUGAAUGUGUUCCACAGGUGAAGUUAUUCUCUCUUUUUGGCUGGGGGGAAGUGAAUUAAAAUCAAUAUAUCGUCAAA